AUGCGGAUCGGCAAUCCGAAGGCAGAUAGUCGGGUGGGACUGGUUCUUCACGAGACACUGGCUAUCCCAGAAAUCCCAGAUGAUACUGCACAAUAUCUCAAUGAUGACAGAGGCGCAGCCUUCGCUCAACCCCAGGAGAUGUUCAAGUCAGCCUCCAAGGUGACGCAAAAGCAGUUCAUGAUGCUGCGCAUUUACGCCGCUUAA